GCGGGAAACUGCCCCGUAUAAACCAUGACACCCCCAGCAAUCGGCGCUGGCAUGGUCCGCGCUUCACCCUCGACCUCCACCCUCUGGUGAUUGUCCCGUUUCCUUAUCUUUAACUUCCUUUCCCCGCCAGUAUUGACGCUGGUGAGACGGGACGAGGCCAGCAUGCUUCCGGUAAUUCUCGCCGCGUCAUUAUUGACGCCAGCGGCCGCCGCUGCUUCCGAGCCUAAUCGGAUCGUCACGCGAGGCGACGGCAUCAUCCGGUCCCCCGUUCGACCGAUCGCCGGUUCGGGUCCGAAUCUGCGGGCACGACAAAACGAAGUGGAGGUGCUCAACCAGAGGUCCGGGACAAGAUAUGGAGUCGAGAUCGAGAUCGGGACACCCCCGCAGACGUUGACUCUGAUUCUCGACACGGGUUCGCCAAACACGUGGAUCAACCCUGUCUGUGAGACAGCGAACCUCCCAGCCGACUGCCGCGAAUUCGCGCAAUUCGACUACGAAAAGAGUAGCUCCCUGAAUGUCACGGAUAACGUCGAUGUCCUCCGCUACGGUAUCGGAAAUGCGACAAUCCAAUAUGUCUACGAGACGGUGUCGAUAGGAUCUGCAACGAUCGAGAACCAAAUCAUUGGCAUCGCUAUGGAGUCCCACAGUAUCCCGCUCGGCAUCCUCGGGGUGUCCCCGCCCAUCCAAGGCGUCAACGAGUACCCCUACAUCCUCGACACGAUGGUCGGCCAGGGCCUCAUCAAGAGCCGCGCCUUUAGUGUCGACCUGCGGGGUGUCGACAACCCAACGGGCGCCAUCAUCUUCGGCGGCGUCGACACAGGCAAAUACAUCGGCGAGCUCGCCAAGCUUCCAAUCAUCCCCCAGGACCAGACCCCGAGCGGCGCGGACCGCUACUACGUCACCAUGACGGGCGUGGGCCUAACCCUCCCCGACGGCUCCAUCGUGCAGUCCGAGGAGCUGGAGGUGGCCGUGUUCCUCGACACGGGCGCGACCCUCUCGCACCUGCCGACGCGCAUCUACCAGGCGCUGGCCGCGUCCUUCCCCGACGCGCUGUACGACCGCGAGUCGGGCUUCUACAUCCUGCCGUGCGACUACACCGAGAUGGCCGGGUCGAUCGACUUCUACUUCGCGGGCAAGACGAUCCGGGUCCCCCUCAACGACUUCAUCUGGCAGAACGGGCCCUUCUGCAUCCUGGGCGUGACGCCCGAGGACACGGAGCCCAUCCUGGGCGACACCUUCCUGCGCGCCGCCUACGUCGUCUACGACCAGGACAACCGCAACCUGCACAUCGCCCAGGCCGCCGACUGCGGCAGCAACCUGAUCGCGAUUGGGUCCGGGGCGGACGCGGUGCCCAGCUCGACGGGCGAGUGCACCGAGCUGCCGACGCCGACCGGCAAGGGGAAUACGCUCGACGUGACGGGCACGCGGCCGCCGCCGGCUACUUUCACGGGCACGCUGCCGACGGGCAUGGAGGGUGGUCCUGGGCCGGCGCAGAGCGGUCCCGGGGGGACGAGCGUCACGGGCGGCACGCUCCAGCCGACGGGCACCCCGCAAGGGGAGAAUGCGGCCGGGAGGGGGGUCGAGGUUGGGCUAGGCGCGGCUGUGGCGUUGGCGGUGGUGAAUCUACUGGCUUGGGUAAUUUAGUUCGGUUGGGC